GCUAUGCGUCAGAGCAAAAUGUCGAGCAACGCGGUUGCCAGCUAGUUUUUUUUCUAAUUGUUUUUCGUUUGUUUGUUUUUUUCUCUAUUUCAUACACACACGUACAACAGACGCAUAUGUAACGAGAGAAAAAACGAGACUAGCGAGUAAGAGACAAACAAUUGAGAAACUAAUGGAACAAAUAAAGAUCGAAGACAAAAUAAUACGUAUUAACACAUAAAAUAUACAACUGAAAAGGCCAUAAAAAUAAGAGACCCGAACGAAUCGCGCAAGAAUUAGUUUACAGCGCGUCGGGUAUCUAACCGCGGUUUGAAUAACUCGAAAAGCGACAAAUUAAAUAGAAAAUCCAUAAUCGUCUAAUUAUAGUUCGCUAAACGGGGAAAGUGCAUCAAAACGCAAGCCUCCGUCUAUCUCUAUAUGUUUUGUGGUCUGUGCAUGUGUGAGUCAAGUUUCGUAUUCGUGCGAGCUUCACGGGCAGUCUCCUUUGUUCCUAAGCCUGCCGCCGCGGCCCCCGAGGACUCGUUCGCGCAUUCGUUUCACGCUACUGCGGCGCAGCUUUGACGAAGAGAGCCACGCAUAGAGACAGAAUCAUAUAAAUAUAUAAACAUAUAUGUAUAUAAUAAUAGAAAACAUAUAAACACAAAUAUUACGUGAAAACCGCUUUUUCGAUUGUCCAGUUUCGCGGAGUGAUCAAAUUCCGUCUAUAAAUAUUCGGAAAUUCGAUUUUUUGCACCAAUUUUUGCAACAUUUCGUAAAAAAAUACAACAGUUUAAAUUUCGCUGCGAUUUUCCGAAGUUCGAGAGAUAAUUGAUUUUUUUUACCAUCAAUUCCGGCUCGAGGGAGUGAACAAAUCGAAGAGUACCGCUGAAUUUUUGAAAGAUCGAUUUUAAAUUGAGAUUGCGUCAUUUCGGAAAUUGAAAAACCGCUCAACUCCGUCGCCAUUUCUUACGAAAAUAAAAAUCGUUCUGGCGAUUUUUCCAGUUUGUAAAAAAAAUAAAAACGGAAAACUACGAUUUAAUUUUGAAUGAUUCGAUUGUGAGCUGAAGAUUAUGGAGAAUUUGUGAAUUCGAAAUACACAAACUUCAAGGAUUUUAGUGCGAGUACGGUAAUCCAUCGUAAUUGAGAGCGGUUCGUUGAAAAAUUGUGGAAAAUACGAAAUAAAUAAAGAAGAGGUGAUUUUUAUAUAUGCAACUGCGCGGAAGAGGGUUCUUUGUUUUGACCGAGCAGCUGAUCGGCCUGCCAUCGGGUGAAUAAGACAGGAGGCGAUUGCUAGUUCGUUUUUUCACCGGGCGAGCACACAGCGCCACUGGGCGCAUUGAGAGAGAGUGCGCGGCUCGUCGCCUCCGAGUGUAAACCCGCAAUUCGUGCGCGCUCAACCGAGCGUCUCUCUUCUCGCGAAUUAAAAAAAAAGAAACACUCUUUUGUUUUUGUUUUGGUUUCGCAAAAUUUUCAGUUUUUCCGUAAAACUACGUGUUGACAGUCGACGCAGGCACGAAAUAAAGAGGAAGAAAUUGAGUUUCUAGGCUCUUCAGUGAAUUGCGGAAGUGAUCGACGAUUUAUCACUCUCGUGUGUUAUUUUUCUCAAAUUUCUGUCGAAUUUCGAGCUUUUUGCGUUAUUGCGGCUCGCUCGCACUAUUUUCAGGAGACAAAAUAAAAUCUCUUUUCAUCUACAAAAUAGAGCCUCGCGCGAGUGACAAAGACAUUGAAACAUUUGUUUUCGCGAAAGGAAACAAAGGAAAUAAGUGAGAAUUGACGCGUUGUGACAAGUUUUUCGGGACCUGACCGUUCUCACAAGAGGCUUGCUAAGGAAGACGUUUUUUCGAGCGGAAUUUCAUCAUUCUCGGAACGUUGCUUCGCGAGAGCUCAAAAGGUCUAGUAAUACAUUUAAAAAUACGAGUUUCUUCGGAUUUGAGUGACAUUUUCUGACCGUCUCGUUCCGCCAGUGGUACUCCGACUCCAGCAUCAUUUCUUUGAGAACAAAGACUUUUCUUCGGGGAUGAGGAGAACGAGGAAAAAUCGAAAUAAUUGAUAACGGAGGAAAUAUUGUGAAACAUAAAGAAUCGAAGAUCCAUGAGGAUUCGUAGGUUCGGGGCCGUCCUCGAAAACGGUGGGAAACCCGGGGUACGGCCCCGUUCAAAUUAACUGCGCCAAAAAAUUCAAAAUUUAGCGUCGAGGCUCAACUUUUGGUUUUUUACUGCAAUAAAUCUCUGCAACAGCUCUGAAUCACAAAAUUUUGGUUCUCUCGUUCCGACUAAACCAAAACAAAGGCUGCGAUACAAAAAUCAAGUUUACUCUCUUCGACAAAACAAAACUGGAAUAUCUUAAGAGUUAUCCGAUCUCAUAUUAAACGCCAUUCCAAAAAAAAAAAUUGCAGCGCUCUCGCCCGUACCUGAUUUCAAAGAAGAAAAACCAUUUACAAAAUAAGAAUUUUUCAAGCUUCUCAUUUUUCCACUUCCGGCCCAAAAAUGCUUUACAUAUUUCACGUCGACACCGGCGCUACCAUCACCUUCGACAUCAAACUGGCCCUUCAGAGUGUCUCCGAACUGAAGGAAGCUAUCGAGAGAAGAUGCGGGGUUAUGGCCGCUCAUCAGGUGCUCCUCAUGAGUGGCGGCGAAAGCCUCGAACCCAACGCUCGUGUUUGCUCCUACUCCGCUGGAACCGACACCAAUCCCAUCUAUCUCUUCAGCAAGGCCGCCAUCGAGAGUCAUGUUCCACCCACGCCGCACACCGAUUACGGCUCUGAUGUCGAUCUCGUGGAACAGAUCAACGCUUCGUUGGCCAUGCCAGCGACCUACGGGACUCUCGUAGCUCGGGCUCAGCUCGCUCAGCAAUGUUGCGCCCUCGCUCGAGAACAAACGAGAACCUGCGAGCGUCUCGUUCACGACCAGCAUCUUCAGCAACAAGGCUGGGCCGCUGUUGUUGCCAAUCUGGAAGACAUCACUCACAUGUUUCAAUCCAGAGCCGAGGUUUUGCAACAAAGCUUCGCUCUCUAUUUGACCGAGCGAGAGCAACACAUGCAGCUACUUAACAAUUUCAACGGCGACUUGGGAACGCUGUCAAAAAUUCCGAUUUUGCCGGCAUUGCGAGCCCAGGCGGAGGGUUUUCUGUCGCCGGACGACGAGGAAGCGGUCGGAGGGUCCCAAGAUUUGUCGGCGUGUACGAGCGACGAAGCGUUGAGUUUACUGAAGUGGAUAUCAGCGAAGGACAAUCAGAGCAGUUUGGAGCAGGUGGCGGAGCAGUGCUCGCGAGGAUUGGAGCAGUUCGACGAGCGGAUGAUGGAGGGGCUGAAGGGUGAAGUGAACGGCGCGAUAGACGCGGCGAACAAGCCGGAAAUGAAGGAGAUAAAGGGCUUGGGCGAGCGUUUAUUCGCCCUGGAACAAUUGAUGGCGCAGACGAAGAGGCUUGUGCAGGAGCAGGGCGAACUUGCCCAAGGAUUUUCGCAGAACCAGACGCGCGCCAGUAACCUGGGGGAUCCGAGCGUUUUGCCAGAUUUGUGUGCGUCCCACAGACGCCAAUUGGCUGUGAUGAUGGAAAAUCACAGCCAAUUGCGGGACAUUCGUCGCCGAUGUACGAAAGCUAAAGAAGAACUUUCGGUCAACAUUCAUCAUCGACUCAAAUGGAUAAUGUACGUGGAAAACAAAAUGAUGGAAGUCGAUGGGAAACUCGUCAUGUACCACGAAAGCCUCAAACGCCUCAGACGCCACCUCGAAGUCAUCCAGCAAAUCCAUCUCGCCCCACAAAUGUACUUGUCCGCCGUUGCCGAAGUCGUCAGACGACGCACCUUCUCACAAGCUUUCCUCGUUUGGGCCAGCAACUUAGCUUGCCAAUUGCUCACCGUUCAUUCCGAAGAGAUCGCGCGCAGACGAGAAUUUCAAAAUAAAUUCGAAGGACAUUUCCUCAAUACACUCUUCCCUGGGCUCGAGGACACUCCGCCACCCUUUGCUACCCAAGCUCCGAAUGUCUUCGACAGUGGGCUGCCCAAAUUGACCGUCGACGAUAUGGAAUCUCUGAAGGACCAACUACCCGACCUGGCCGAUUCGAUAGCCACACCUGAUCUCAACACCAUCACGCAAUUCUUUCUCUCAAAAAGCCUCACCGAUGGCAGCACCGAUGGAAUCAAAGGGAAAGACAGCAUUUCCAUGCCCGUUGACAUGCCUUCCUCGAAGGAAGAAGGAAACGAGCGUGUUCCCAUGGUCGCCGAUAGGGUUGGUUUCGAGUCGGAGACCGACACGGAGGAGUUCGAGAAAAUAGGUCGAAUAGUAGCGGGUGAUUCGAAGCUGAAUUCGUACGACGAUACGAAGAAGCAAAAGCUUCAAAAGCAAUUGGAGGUUGGUGAUGAUGAUGAUGAUGAUGAUGAUGAUUCGAGAAGUUUGUCACCCUCGUCCUCGACCUCGACAAACGUGUCGUCCUUGAAUUCCCGAGCGAUUGAUUUGAAUCGUUCGUCCUCGUCUAGCGAGCACGUGCAAUCAUAUAAUAUGCCCCUUAAUUCCGGCUUUAACGAGAGAUCGCAGCCUCUGAGUCCAUUGGCCGAGUGUGCCGAGUUAACUGAGACUACAAAGUGUCACGAAAAGCACUCGAAACUAACGACAAAUAUAAGUAAUUACGAGGAUUCUUCCUCAUCCCCACGAAGACAAACGAGCGAAACGAAAUUUUCAAUCAAUUCGAAUAUUCCCAACGCCAUUUCCAAUCCAUCCAAAUCCUCGUUAACGUGCGACGGCAAAACUAUUUUACAACGUGAUAACUCGAAUCUCCAACAAGGAUUUAACAGCCCGGCGAGCAGCCCUUCCAACGAAAAUAUCAACGAUUUCAUGGGCACCGAAUUUUAUAUGGACGAAUCCCUGCCCAGCAGCCUUAGCGAACAUAACAACGAGGCACAGCACCAGGCUAUCGUUUCCCUUCUUCAGGAAAAUUUAGGAAACACUCGAAGCGAAGUGGAGCGUUUGCGGAGCGUAUUGAGAAGCAUAAAACUGUCAACGAGCGAGACUUUGGCUUCGUUACGGGAGGAAUUAUCGCUGUUGCGCAAGCAAAUGCACGUGGAGAAUUCAGAUCUGAAUGAAAUAACGGACCGAGUGCGUCGGGCGCUCGUUUUACAUUCGGCAAAGUGCGAGAGCGCUUUGCGGGAGCGUGAGCAAGAAUUGACGGUCGAUCACGAGCUGGAAAUGGCGGACGUGAAAAAGCUGCUGGCCGAUCGCGACGAGGAAAUUCGUAACGUUUACGGCGCGGUCCGAAACGUCGAGAAUGAGUUGGCCGAUCGGGAAUUUCUCAUAAACAGCAUGAGACAGAAACUUGAGGAGGAGCGCGAAGAAAUGAGAAGUUUGCAACAACAAUUGCAAAGACAAUUGGACGAAGCCAUGGAACAUGCUCGCAUCGAAAAAGAAACUGCACUGGAGGAAACUCGCGAGAAAAAACGCCUCGAAAUCGAAGACAUUCGCAACAGCCUCGAUAAUUGCCGCGAAACCAUCCGCAAACUCGAAGACAAUCUCGCCAAAGCCAAUCUCGAACAACAACGAGCUGUCAAAGAAGCCACCGACAAAUUACAGAUGGAAUACAAAUCUGAACUCGACACCAUUCGCACGAGAUUCAAAAUGGUCGCUAUGGCCACUUCCACCAUGGAAAGAAGCCCUAGCGACUCGAGCCUCGAAAAAAUCGAGCGCCCAGACGUUAUCGAGCGUGUGAAUCACGAGGCGAUUCUCUCGAAAAUAAAAGAAGAAAUGGAGCUCGAGAAGAGCGAAGCAGUGCGAAAGGCGAUCGAGAAAGAAAAUUCCGAUUUUCAGUCGAAGCUUGACGAUCGUUUGCGCGAAGCUGCUCGUCAAAUGGUCGAAGAAGUGGAAGCUCACAGAUUGCGAGAAACUGCGCUGGUUGAGGAGUGUCAACAGUAUCAGGAAAUGAUUCGUCGUUUGACUGACGACGAUCUCGAAGUACGUCAAGUACUCAACGAGAAGGUCGAAAAUCUCGAGGAGGAGAAAAAUUGUCUCCAGAGUAAGAUGAUAGCAAACCGGAUGAUAUUGAAGUUGCGAGAGAAUCAGAUCCACGAGUUGGAGAACGAGAGAGCGGCUCUGCGUCAGGAAUUGAGCGACGGGAGGUUGCGAAUGAAUCAGAGUAGUUCGGGUUUGGAGGAAACUCUCCAAACGUUGUUAUCGGGUGGGAAGGACGACGUGGAGGUGUCGGAGUCGAAGAAAGUUCGUUUGGAAGCGUCGGCAUCGGAGAGCGAGAGUCUGUCGCGUCGCUUGGAGCUUUUGGAGUUGGACAACAAAAGAUUAUCGGCAGAGUUGCGUUUGAUUCGGGAGAGCAAGGACGAAAUUCAGGCGAAAGUCCAAGCGCUGGAAAUGGAAAAGGUUCGGCUCGAAAUCGAGCUCGUGAAGGAGCGUUCGAAACGCUCGAACUUGGCGAAUCUCGAGGUCGCAGCAGCUUCUUCUUGCCAAGCGAGCUCGAGCAACGAUCCCCGGGAAAAAGACAUGACCGCCUCGGUCGCAAUCGUCUCCGACACUUCCAGCAUCGACAAUCCCACCGCCUCUGAAACCAACGGAAGACUCUCCGAAAUAAUCAGCCACUACCGCGAUCUUCUAAUUAAAAAUCCCGACACUUAUCCUGACAUUCAUGAUGUCGGAGUCACUUUCACCAGCUGCGAUCCCGGCGACACAGUCCUCGUCGUAUGGGACACUCCCCAUCGACACUACAGCGUCAUUCAAGACUCGAGAACUCUCUAUAUUCUCAAUUCCGAGUGCUUCGACACUCUCGAACUCUGGAUCAAUCCCGAUGGCACGCCCACUGCUAAACAUAUUCUUGGCGAAGUCGUUGACAAACAAUAUUGUCAUGCGAAAAAGCCGGAGAAUCGUUACAACGUGCCGAAAGGUACUAAAUUUUACAGAGUGCGAAUCAAGCCUCUCGCCUACGUUCCCUAAACUUGGAACUUUCGUUGAUAACGAAAGAGGAGAAUUUGUCUGACAGAGCAUAAGAGUGCGAGAUUAAAAGGUGAAGGAAAGAAAAAGAAGAGAAAGAAUCUUGAGUGGAUUCUUCGACUUGGUGAACAAAGCGCUGUGAUCGCGGAAUCGCGUCCCCGGGAUUUCUCUCGGGGGUUGAUUUCUGUGAGGGGGGAAAAUCGAUCACGAGGGGAAUCCCGACGAAAAGUUGGAGCCUCCGAAGAAUAAGUGGGCGAAAAUCGUGAUUCCGGCGACUUGACGUCUGCGCGACCAUCCGCGAACUCGAAUCAAGGCCAGAACCUGCCAGAGCCUCGAAACGCAUCCUCGAUAUUGAAAAUGUCUUGAGAAAGCAAGCGAAAUCUUAUAUUAUUUAAAGAAAGAAAAAGAACAUGAAAAUGCAAAAAUAUAGAAUCAAACGAAACGAUUGAAAUGAACGAAUGCAAAUAUUGAAGCGAUCGGUCAACGUUGGCAGAGUUACGCGCAAGUUUAAUUACAUGAAAAGAGGCGGAAGGAUGCGCUGGCGUUUUAUUGUGAUAUAAUCUUAAAGAUAAAAGCAAAAAAAAAAGAAAAAGAUGAUUGCAAAAAUGAGAGAAUUUCAAAAAAGCGAAAAAAACGUGAAUAAACUACAAAAAAAUAUAACUAAACAAAAAAAAAGCAACAUCCAACGAUACUUUUAGUACACACUAUCGUCGUUUUAUUCGCUUUCUCUCCUUCGAUCCUUAAGGAGAUAAAUGGACCACAACGAUAAAACGAAGGCGGAAAAAAAAUUCAAUUUUUUUUCGCGCUCGUAGUGGUCGAACGCAAAAACGUGUAAUAUUAGUUUAAUAUUCUUUACGUUUCUUCGCCUUAGCACUUAGAAUCGACCUCGAAUGGUUGAAAUGAAAAAACGAAAAUCAAGUUUUUUGAAUUUUUACCUCACUAAAACAUUAUUUUCAGAUUCUUCGCUUCUUUGUCCCACUAAAUCUUUCUGUCGAAGAGUAUCGACAGCUUUUGAAAAAUUCGAAUUCACUCACUCAUUUUAUCAGAAGGAUCGAAUUUUGAAAAUUUGACGCGUAAAAGAAUUUUUUAUCGUCCAACUCUAAACAGGCGGCGAAUGCAUUCGAGGUCACGUCACAAACUUUCGAUUCGAGAAUUCCCGAAGCGAGAAGAAAGAACUCGAUUUUCAAGUUUCUUUUUUUGUUUCUCGAAUCUCUUCGAAUAUAUCUCGCACCGUGUGGUAUCUUAGCCGUAAGAUUUUUGCGAUAAAGCUUCGUAAUUGCCCUUUUCAAGAAAAUACGUAUAAAUUAAUGAAAAAUUAAUGAUAAACGAUAAUAAUAAUAGCGACGAUAGAAAUUAUUAUUGUUAAAUAAUAUAUGCGUGUAAAUAAGCGUACUAAAUAUGAGCGACACUGAUUCAAAGUAAUUUUGUAAAUCCAUUCAAAAUCUUAAGUAUUUCGGACUUAGGUAUGAGAAAAUAAAAGACAGAAAAUAACGAAAAAUCAUAGAAAAACCAAAAGGAGCAAUUAGGUUAGAUAUUUGUGGUAAAAAACACUUUUCUUUUUUAUUUUUCUCAAAAUACGGAAAAGGUGAAUUUUCGUAAACGGUCGAAUCGAUCAGAGAUGAUUAAUUGAAGAAUUGAGCGGUUGAAUUCGAAAUUUAUCAUCGCGAGCUAUCGAUUUCGAAAGAGUCUGUGUAAUGGCCGAUUGAGGAAACACAACAAUUUUUUCGUUACAAUAUUUCCUCGUUCAUUCGAGCGAGGACAUUUUUUUCGUCGUUUUUUAAACAUACGAAUUUUUAACGAAUCGAGAACGGUAAAGGGAGAAAAAACAGGUUUAAAAUCGAAAAAAAAAUCUCAAAACAUACAACGCAAAAAAACAAAACAAAAAAUCCACGAAGAAAGAUUUAAAAACGUCGAGAUCGUUGGUUUUUGAGGCGUUAGCGAAUAACGUAGUUCGUCGUAAAAUAUAGCUGUGAUCGUUAGUGAGUCCUGUAACAAUUUUUUGCACCUAAACAAGAAAAACAACAAAAAACUUAUUAUACAAGCGGCCACGAGUUAUCGGAAAUUCGAAAUUCAAAAACUCGAUUUCGGACCACGAUGACGUCUCAAAUAGAAAUCUACAAAAUGUUAUGGAACUUUUGCUUUUUUUUCACGUUAUUGCUGAAAGGAUUUGCCAAUCGAAUGCAAGUUGCAAUGGAAAUUCAUUGACUUUCUUUUUGUUUGUCACAUCGAACCUUAUUUUUUAAUAAUCGAUAUUCCGACGACUUUUCGAGUUUCGAAUUUCAUGUUACUCUGCCACGAUAUAUAUACAAAUAUAUAUAUGAACACAAAAAAUGAAUAACAUAACUAUUAUUGAAUACUACGCAACUGUAUUGUUAUCAUUAUAAUUAUUAUUCUUCGAUUUUUAAGAAUGAUGAAACAUUUUGCCCCCCCCCCCCCCCCCCCCCCCGAAACGUUCCUUUGAACGUUGGAUUUCGAAGAGCCUCGAGUAUUCCUCAGAAAAGUCGAAAAACUCUCUUCAAAAAGUAGAUUUGAAUUUUCUUUCUGUUUAUAUAACACGUCGAUUAAUCGAUCAUUUGAUAAUUUGCCAUUUUCCAAUAUCCCGACUAGUCUUACUGUUUUAUUUGGUCGAAAGGAGAAAAAAAACAAUCGAAAAAUGAUAAUUUGUGAAUAAAAAGUGAUAAAAGUUUUUCGAAACGUGGAUGUGCCUCGAUUCUGUUAUUCAGUUCGCUUUAACGAUUUUCCAAAAGCCAUUUACACUUAAUUUCUAAUGUUUUAAUCCAUAUUCUCGGUUCGAACGAUGUUGAAGGGCGAUAAAAAGAGGAGAGAAAAAUGCCAGGAGGGCUAAACUUCAUUAUUCGACGUGGCAUCGAAGGAAUUUGAAAAAAUUACAAAAUUAAAAAAAAAAAAAAAUUUUUUUAAAUGAAAUUCCUCACUUAUUUUUCUAGUGUAAUCCCACGUAGUUAAGGUUCGCGUUACUUUUUCACCUAGAUAACGUGUGUUUAGAAAGUACAUCGAUGAAGAAAACAGAAUAAAGAUGAAAAGCGAGAAAAAAAAAUCCCUCAAAUUAAAUUAUAAAUGCGUUAAUUUUUGUACGAUUGGAGAAAAAAAGGUGAGGAAAAGAAGAAGAAAUUUCGAGAUAAAAAUAAUAAAUUCGGCUAGAAUUUUCAGUGUGGCUGAAAAAAAAGUUGAUUUUCCCAAAACCAAUAGAUUUAAUCCCCGAAAAAAAAAAAAAAAAACAAACAAAACUCGUCAAAGAAAUGAGUCUCAUUUCCUUCAGUAAGGCCCCGAUAACUUUUUUUUUCUGCAAUCUAAAUAUUGCUUUAUUCGUCGAAGACGUAAAUCAUAUUGAUAAAACAAAAGUAAGCUGAGUGAUAAAAAAGAGGAAAAGAAAAGAAAAAAAAAAAACAAAACGUUUAUUACACGCUUUAGUGG